UAGCUAAUUCGUCGAAUCUUUUGUUUUUAGAAACAAAUAAGACGAUGAAUGCUACUGCUCUACUGGACGGUCUGGACGGGAGAAGCUGGCAUUCUGUCUGCUUUACUCCACCGAAGCCUGAAGACUGCUAGGGUUUCUCGCUUCCUGCUGUGUGCCUUGGCCAUGGCGAAGCCAAGCCGAGGUCGUCCCUCUCCACCGUCUGGCUCACUUUCGGGCUCGUCCUCUCGCUCGCGCUCUCGAUCUCGUUCUCGUUCCUACUCUGGCUCCGACUCCCGCUCCUCCUCUCGCUCCCGAUCCCGCUCUCGCUCGCUCUCGCGUUCCCGCUCCCGCUCCAAAUCUUUCUCCUCGUCUUCCUCUCCUUCUCAUAGCGCCAGCUCUCGCAGCCGCAGCCCUCCAAAAAAAAGUCCUAUUGCAGCUGGCAAGCGAGGUCGCUCUCCACCACCACAAACUAAAAGAACUACGCCACCCCCAAGGAAAGUUUCACCAGUUGCUGAAUCUCUUACUCUUUGUGUCGAGCAGCUCACCAGGAAUGUGAAUGAAGGCCACCUAAGAGAAAUAUUUAGUAAUUUUGGUGAAGUUGUGAACGUAAUGUUGGCAAUGGAUCGGACAGUUAAUCUUCCAAGAGGAUAUGGAUAUGUUGAGUUCAAAACUAGAGUUGAUGCAGAAAAGGCUCUGUUAUACAUGGAUGGUGCACAAAUUGAUGGGAAUGUCAUUAAAGCUAAGUUCACAUUGGCUCCAAGGCAGAAGGCUUCAUCACCCACAAAGGUUGCAACUGUUCCAAAGAGAGAUGCUCCCAAGAAUGAUGAAGUUGAAAAGGAUGGACCAAAGCGGCAGAGAGAAUCUUCUCCCCGUCAGAAGGCCCUUUCUCCACCACCACGAAGAAGAUCCCCUGUAGGACAGCGAAGAGGUGGAUCUCCUAGACGACAUCUAGAUUCUCCUCCACGCAGGCGUGCAGAAUCUCCUGUUCGUCGACGAGUAGAUUCUCCUUAUCGACGUGGUGACACACCUCCCAGAAGGAGGCCUGCAUCACCAGCAAGGGGUCGUUCUCCUUCCCCACCAAGACGUCGCCGGUCACCCGCAAGGGUCUCCCCUCGAAGGAUUCGCGGUAGUCCUGUACGUAGACGUUCUCCCCUUCCUCCAAGGCGUCGUUCUCCUCCAAGACGAGCUCGCACUCCGCCUAGGAGGUCCCCAGUUAGCCGUAGACGAAGCCGCUCUCCUGUUCGUAGGCCUGCUCGAUCACGUUCAAGAUCAGCAUCUCCACGGAGAGGUCGAGCACCAGCAGUAAGACGUGGGAGAUCAUCGUCCUAUUCUGAAUCGCCUAGUCCGCGGCGGGUAGUCAGAAAGGUGUCAAGAAGUCGAAGUCCUAGGAGUGUCUUGUAGGCGAUUUAAGCAGUUCUUGGCUGGGCCUAAGUGCAUUCACUCGAUAGUUAAGAUUAUUUUGUACUUAAAUGUUUAAUAUAAAUAAAUAAACUGUGAACUACAUAUUCAUAGAAUAAAGAAUGAUAAGUGUUCAUCUCUGUUGAACUGUACAAAUACCAGGCUGUAUUGUUGUUAUAGGUUGCUUUGUGUCUUUUUAGUAUGUCCUUGUUGAAGGUGGUAUUUUGUAGGCCUUUAAGAGGAAGAAGCAGUAGCAACAGCAGCAGCAGCAGUUCUCCUCCUCGCAAACCAUAAGCAAUCCGUGAUUUGUGACAUUUGGUUCUCUUGUGAAAUUGAUAUAUUGGAAGCUUAUGAAGGAUGGUGUUUAUGAUACAUGUGACUAAUGUAAUGACGUAGUUUUUAAUUUUUUCCAUCAGAAUGUAGCAAGGGUGUGAUGUGACUGGACCGCACAUUGCGCUAUAUCUUGGGUUUUCUAGUCCUUAGGAUUUGUCAGAAAUUUCAGAAUAUUUGGUUAAUCUUGAAUUUGUAGCCAGCAUUUUCAACUUGUGAUUUGCGUUAAUUUGUUUCGAUGUAAUUCACUACUAGAAAGAGAAAUAUUUAUGCCUUCUUUCGUUA